GACCGUCCGGUCUGAGUCAUUCUUACGUAGGUACUUACUUGUGCAUGUUGAGUGGAGUGUUGCAGAGUGGGUGUUGUCGAACGUGGUGUGGACUGUGUGAGGAGUGUGUCUCGCUGCUCCGUCUCGCGCCCAUUUUAUUCCUCGCUGGUCACACAAAAACAGGCGACCAUGGCAACUGGUGUGAUCCUGGCUCCGCCAACCACCAACCCGCUGUCCAGCCUGCCCGGCAGUAGCGCCAGCGCCAAGGGCGCACCGCCCUGCGUGCGCAGACAGUGCCGAUACAUGCGCAAGGUGCUGGUGAAUAUCAACGAUCUGCGGCGCAGCGGCCGCUUCUGCGACGUCGUCCUGGUGGCCGGAGGGGUGCGGCAUAAGGCGCACAAGGCCGUGCUAUCCGCCAGCAGCCGGUACUUUCAGGCCAUGUUCACCGGCGGCCUGGCCGAGCAGCAACAGGGUGUCGUGUGUAUUCGACGCGUGUCGGCAGACAUGCUGGCCACUCUGCUCGACUUCAUAUACACCGGCGAGGUCUCUGUGACGGAGCACAACGUUCAGGAGCUGAUACUGGCCGCCGACAUGCUGGAACUCAGUGACGUCGUGGAAAUCUGCUCGGCCUUUCUCAAACAGCAGCUGGAACCGAGCAACGCCAUCGGCAUCUACAGGUUCAGCGAGGGCCACAACCUGUGGUCGGUGGCCACGGCGGCGCGAGCCUUCAUCAACAGCCAGUUCGCGGCCUGCUCCUCAGAGGAGGAAUUUCUGGAGGUGCCACACGCGCUGCUUAUGGAACUGGUGCGCAGCGAGGCGCUGGAAAUUGACUCCGAGUACCAGGUGUUCGAGGCGGCGCUGCGCUGGGUGGCGCACAACAUCGAGGAGCGUCGACGGCACGUGUUCGAAAUUCUCUGCCACAUCCGACUGCCGCUCAUACCCAGCAAACGAAUCGAGGCCUGGAUCGACGACUGCUGCGACCCCAGUCUCAAAGUGGCGCUCAGGUCGAUGAAGCGGGACCUGGACGGCCAGACGGGCUGCCUGGUCAAACUGUGCGCCGAGCCGCGACACUCGGCCAAAAAGACCAUCUAUGUGAUCGGCGGGUCCAAGAAGGAGUUGGUCAGCUCGUGGACCCGCUCCGAGAACGCCCUCUGCUCCACCGAGUGCUUCGACACAUUCAACAAGGUAUGGAGGCGCGCCUCGCCGAUGCGUAUCGCGCGCAUCCUGCCCGGAGUGGCGGUACUGAACGGCCGGGUAUACGUGGUCGGAGGGGAGCAGGAGAGUCUCAUCAUGGCCAACGGAGAGAUCUACAACCCGCAGGAGGACCAGUGGUCGAGCAUGACCUCCAUGAUCUCUCCACGCGUCGAGUUCGGUCUGGCCGCCGUCGACGGAAAACUCUACGCCAUGGGCGGCUGGGUGGGCGUCGACAUUGGUGGCACGAUGGAGCUCUACGACCCGGAUCGAGACGAGUGGACGCUGGCGGCUAACCUGCCUGCUCCUCGCUUCAGUAUGGGCGUGGUGGCACACCAGGGACUUAUCUACCUAGUGGGCGGGUGCACGCACUCACAGCGGCACCUGCACGACCUCAUCUGUUACUCGCCAGCGACGAAGAAGUGGACGGAAUUGGCGCCGAUGGCGGUGGCCAGGUCGCAGAUGGGAGUGGCGGUGCUGGAUGAUUAUCUGUACGCAGUCGGUGGCAUUGAUCGGAAGAACGAGGUCCUUACUGUGGUGGAGAGAUACAGCUUUGAUGAGGACCGCUGGGAGGAGGUGAAGCCGAUGACCGUGCCCCGCACCUCCCCCUCGGUUGCCGCCGCCAACGGCCUUCUUUACGUCAUCGGCGGCGACCAGAACCGUCAGCUGAGUGACUUUUACCGCGCCGAGAUCACCGUCUCGGCCGUCGAGGUGUUCGAUCCCCUCUCGGGCGACUGGAGCGAGUCGACGCCUCUGCCCGAGUCGCGCAGUGAGGCCGGUGCUGUGGUCAUCUGACGCCCUCCGCCUGCCGAGCUCGUGGUCACGACGCUGCGGUGACGGCGGCGGGGCUGGAGUCGCGUCAGCUGAUGGGUGAGUGGCGUCAGUGGGGUGAUGUCGUCUACAGAGCUUGAUGAUGUCAUUGGGGUGACAUCGUCUGCUGAGGUAAAUGUCAAAUAAUGGGGUGACUUCCGAUCAGCGUGCUGGCAUCAGUGAAGCUACGUCAGCUGCUGAGCGAGCGGACGUCGGUGCUGGAUGUAGGAACCGUCAGAUAAUCCAUGACAAGUGCGACUGAUAAUAACGUUAGGCUAUAUGCAUCUCUUCGGAUGCAGCUUCAAUCACACCGAAAGGUUCCAAAGUGAGUGCGCUGGCAAGACGACUGUAGGAUCGCACAGCUAGAUGACAGGACGGCACUUACAGUGCAGCCGGGUAUUGGUGUUUUGCUACGCUAAUGCGGCUUAACCUGACCUAGCGUGGCGUGACAGUCGGAAAAAGAAUCUCUCGCAAGUGAGCCGUGUGGACUCGUGGAGCCCUGCUGCCUAACCUGUCGUGUGGUGCGUCGGUGUUGUGCAAUGUGCAGUGACCGUUUCUACUAAAGCAGCCCCCACUGCCUCGUGGAUGUCCGUUGCAGAAGAGCGCUGCGUCGUCUGUCGACCUAUUGAGGGUACGAUACUAGGCCCGCCGGUGUUGUUCUGUAAGUGAGGUGCGAGCUUGGUGGUAAGCCGUGCGUAUAUAAUCAGUCGUCUUGUAGUUUCUUUCAGUCGGUGGUGUCCUCAUCAGUGUACUGGUGGGGA